UGGUUGCUCUGACUGAACUGAACGCAGUUAGCGUGUGUGCGCGUCUGUGUUAGCAUGUCGGCUGAGCGUAAAUACGGAUACUAAUAAUUAGGACAGAGCGUUUUUAGCUAGUCACCUUUGACUCGAUCAGAGGAAAAUAUCCGGAUUUAAGGACCUGCGUCUGAAACAUAUUGACUCCGCGACUCGAGGACAUUUGAUUGGAGAUUUCGAGCUAACAAUAUCCGGAUAUGAAGAGAACAUCGAUUGCCAACGAAGAACUGGCGUUACUGGAUGUGGGUUUAAACUCCGACACGAAGCUGCUGAGAGAAGCAGCUUUACCUUCAGAUGUCCAGAAAGUGAUUGUUGGUGAAGAACAUGAGUGGAGCUCCAGUCUGGACCAGGAGGACACAAACCCACCACACAUUAAAGAGGAACAGGAGGAACUCCAUAUCAGUCAGGAGGGAGAGCAGCUUCAGGGGCUGCAGGAGGCUGAUAUCACCACGUUCACAUUCACUCCUGUCCCUGUGAAGAGUGAAGAUGAUGAAGAGAAUCCUCAGUUCUCACGGCUUCAUCAAAGACAAACUGAAGAGAUGAAAACUGGAAACUCGACUGACAGUGAAUGGAAGGAGAUCAUAGAACCUCCGUCAGGUUUAAACUCUCUGAAUAACGAUGAAGUCCCUGUCUGUGAUUCGACAUGUGGUACUGGUGAAGAACCAGUAAGCUGCUUUGAGUGUGGGAAAAGAUUUGGCACCAGUGGACAUCUGAAGAGACACGUGAGAUCUCAUACAGCCGAGAAACUAUUUAGCUGCUCAGUCUGUAAGAAAGCUUUUCUAAAGAGUGGACAUUUACAGUCACACAUGAGAAUCCACACGGGAGAGAAACCGUUUAGCUGCUCCAUCUGUAAGAAAGCUUUUACAGAGAGUGGAAGUUUAAACAGACACAUGCGAAUCCACACAGGAGAGAAACCAUUUAGCUGCUCCAUCUGUAAGAAAGCUUUUAUAGAUAGUGGACAGCUGAAGAAACACAUUAGAAUCCACACAGGAGAGAAGCCAUUUAGCUGCUCAGUCUGUAAGAAAGCGUUUGCAGACAGUGGACAUUUGCAGAAACACAUGAGAAUCCACACAGGAGAGAAGCCUUUUAGCUGCUCAGUCUGUAAGAAAGCGUUUACAGUAAGUGGACAUUUAAAGGCACACAUGAGAAUCCACACAGGAGAAAAACCAUUUAGCUGCUCCGUGUGUAAGAAAGCUUUCACAGAGAGUGGACAUUUAAGGGAACACAUGAGAAUCCACACAGGAGAGAAACCGUUUAGCUGCUCUUUCUGUAGCAAAGCUUUUAGUAAAAGUGGACAUGUACAGGCACACAUGAGAAUCCACACAGGAGAGAAACCGUUUAGCUGCUCUUUCUGUAGCAAAGCUUUUAGUAAAAGUGGAAAUUUACAGGCACAUGUGAGAAUCCACACAGGAGAGAACCUGUGUGGAGUGGAGCUCCAGUCUGAAACAAGAGCAGAGAGCCUGAGUCAGGUUUAAAAAAUCUAAAAAUGAAAGUCUCUAAAGGGUAUGCGAGAUGUAAUACCCUCUGGGUCAUGAGAAAUUCUUAAGUACAAUAAUUAAAAUGUUAGGCUUUAAAAUGUCAGGUAAAAAUUGAUUGGAUGAAGAAGUUAAUAUUACUGUGGGGUUCCAUGAAACUCCAUAGUAUAAAGGCAACAACUGCUUUUGGUUGUGGCUCUUGGCUCUCCCUUCACUUCAGAAAAAGCAACAACUCUACUGCAUCUCUCUAGCCUGACAAGCCAGACACACAUCAAGAUGUUGGGCGUCAAGAUGUUGGGUC